AUGGCUGGACUUUCUGGUCCGUCCAGGUACAUUCAGAAGGCUGGCUCACUUCGCCCAGGACAGACGCUGGACACAAUAGGUCUCUCAAGGUUCGAUUCGGACACCGGUAGACUUGGUCUAUUUGCGGCUGUCUGCAGCAUACCUAUGGCCUGUCGAGCCGCCUGUGAUCUGUAUGAAUUCGCCAACAGGGAGGCCUGGCUUGUAAACCCUCGUCUCAAAGAGCCCGGCCACAGAGCUGGCAAUCCGUUGUUCAGCCGUGGUGAGAUCACCCUGGCAACCGGGUAUGAGCUCACUGGGUCGGCACUCACACUUCAUCUGCUCCAGUUGAUCUCGUCUAUUUCACCAGAUCUUGAGUCCUAUCCAACGUUGGGCUAUUCUUCAGCCUCAGCGGCACCAAAGCCGGAGGUGUUUCUGUUGCAGAUUUUCAUGUGUCUGGCAAUCGGACUCACCAGCGCUGUUUGGAUCUGUUUGGUGAAAGGCAUCAACACUUGGCACCAGUUCUGUCGACAACGAUGCCCGCGACUUUCAGGCGCUCUUGGCUGUCUUCCUGUAGCCAAACGGCUCGCCUGUUGCACUUGCGGCCUGGAGACUGGCACCGGCUUGCAGACAUCUGCUAAGGCACGAAAACAUGUGACCCUACUGACGGGCCCGGCAGCGCUGUCGCCUUUCAAGACGCCCGUGGAGGCUGGUCGAGUAGCCGGUCCACCACACAACUAUGCAGUCUACCAACAGCUGGCACCGGGUCAGGCUUUCGGUCCGAGCCACAGUCUUUCAACUGGCCCGGGGUUCGAGCCCAGUGUCAUGCGACUUGCUGCCGCCUCCACUCCCGGGAACGCAGGUCACAUUUGCACAAAUGGUGGUAGUAAUUUGAAAAAAACAGCUAAUCUCUGUCAAAGUAACACUUCGGCAAGUCCCAACGACAGCAGCGGUGGUUACUACAGCAACACCAGACUUCUGGCCAGCCCGAAGGGUCAGACGGCUGGACUCGCUUCGCUGGGCAGCAAGAGUCUGACCAACUCUUCGUCGAUGUCGCCCUUCCUCACGGCAACCACGCUAGCGACAACAGGGUUCAUGGGCCUCGAGGCUAUUCCAUCUCAGACUGGCCCGCCUGGCAACGGCUGUCUCGUGGCAUCAUGUCCCCGGCCAACCGAGGCUCUAGAGACGCAGACAUUUCAGGGGUCAGUCGGUCCAAUGACCUGGUGGCCGGGGGGUGAGGUCGCCUACUCGCCGGACGCUGAUCGCCAGAAUGCGUUGGCAAUGGACCAAACACGCGAUCUAAUUUAG